GGCCACUUCAAUCUCCUACCCAUUUAGUGUAGGUUACUGGGGGCGAUUAAAUAUGAUAAUGUGCUGCUGACACCAGAAGAAAUGUCCGCUAGUACAGAGAGCCGUGGGCAGCCGUAAACAUUUAAUUUAUUACAGUGUAAAUGGCUUGGUUUGGCUGGCUCUCCAGUGCCAUCCAUCAACCACCACAGACCCUGAUACCCAUGUCUGCCUCUGGCUUCCUGCUAUGGGCUGAUGCAUCACCUGGAUUGCUGUCUCCAUGCAACAGGCUUGGCGCCACACAGUGGGACAGCUCCUGAUCCCUGUUAAGAGCUAACGUUGACUGCUAGGUUCAAUGGAAGUAGCCUUUAUUGCCUACGGAAUAUCAUUGCUGAAGUCUUUCGAUAGCUCAGCAACAUCACUUCUACUGCUGCGGCUGCUGCUACUGCUACAAGAGGAAAUAUGCUGAAUGCCGGAUCGAGAAGGGUCCCGGGAUGGCUGAAGCUGUUGUCCAGCCUAUGUCUGCUUCUCUGCCUGGUGGGGGAGACUGGGGCCAAGAGGGUCCCCAAAAUCCCCCGCUGUCCUACCACCUGCUCCUGCACCAAAGACAGUGCCUUCUGUGUGGAUACCAAAACUAUCCCCAAGAGCUUUCCCCCUGGGAUCAUCUCCCUGACGAUGGUGAAUGCAGCCUUCACUACAAUCCCAGAGGGAGCCUUCUCCCAUCUGCACCUUCUGCAGUUUCUUCUGCUGAACUCAAACACCUUCACUGUUGUGGCUGAUGAUGCCUUCGCAGGUCUGUCACACCUGCAGUACUUAUUUAUAGAGAACAAUGACAUCCAAGCCCUGUCAAAGCACACCUUCAGAGGGCUUAAAUCCUUGACUCACCUUUCUCUGUCAAAUAAUAACCUGCAGCUCCUUCCACGAGAACUCUUCAAAUAUUUUGACAUUCUGACAGACUUAGACCUGCGGGGUAACUCAUUCCGCUGUGACUGUAAAAUCAAGUGGCUUGUGGACUGGAUGGAGAAGUCCAACACCUCUGUCCCUGCCAUCUACUGUGCCAGCCCAUUUGAGUUCCAAGGCCGCAGAAUCCAUGAUCUAACCCCACGAGACUUCAACUGUAUCAGCGCAGACUUUGCAGUUUAUGAAACUUUCCCCUUCCAGUCUGUGUCAGUGGAGUCCUAUGAAUUCAACGACGAUCAGUUUGUGGCCUUCGCCCAGCCCGAUACUGGGUUCUGUACACUGUUUGUAUGGGAUCAUGUGGAAAUGGUCUUCCGGAUGUACCAUAAUAUAACAUCUCGCUCCGCUGUCUACUGCAAGCCUGUGGUAAUAAACAACACUCUUUACAUGGUUGUGGCUCAACUUUUUGGAGGAUCCCACAUCUACAAGUGGGAAGAGGACCCACAGCGAUUUGUGAAGAUCCAGGACAUUGACACCACACGUGUGAGGAAACCCAACUUUGUUGAGACCUUCCAGCUGGAUGAUGAGUGGUACUUUGCAGUAGCAGACAGUUCCAAGGCAGGCUCUACGAGCAUAUACCGCUGGAACAGCAACGGUUUCUACUCCCACCAAUCCCUUCAUCCCUGGCAUCGUGACACCCAUGUGGAGUUCCUAGAUGUGGAGGGGAAGCAGCGUCUCAUUCUCUCCAGUGCCUCCCAGCCCCCAGUGGUUUACCAGUGGAACCGCAGCCUGCGCCAGUUUGCCUUUCAUUCCCAAAUCACUGAGACUGCUGACGUGCAGAUGGUCAAGCAUUUCUGGGUGCGCAAAGUUCUUUACCUCUGCCUUACACGCUUCAUUGGCGACUCCAAGAUUCUCCGCUGGGAGGGGCAGCGCUAUGUUGAGAUUCAGACCCUGCCCUCACGUGGCUCCAUGGCUGUGUAUCCAUUCAUUGUGGGCCCCCGCCAGUAUCUCCUCUUAGGGAGUGAUUUCUCCUUCUCUCGAGUUUACUUGUGGGACGACCUUACCCAGCGCUUCCAGCUCUUCCAGGAGCUCAACAUGAGAGCACCCCGGGCCUUCAGCUUGGUGUCAGUGGACAACAAAGACAUCCUGCUGGCAGCCAGCUUCAAAGGCAACACCCUGGCCUACCAGCACCUAAUAGUGGAUCUUAGUGCCAAAUAGACCAAUCCAGUCAGAAUCUCUGAGACCAUUCAUGAGUCUGUUCUGUUCUUAUGAGGCCCGAUUCCAGCUUAGGAAUUUACAAAUCGACAGACUCGAGAGAACGGGUUCAAAAUAUUAGGGAUCAAUGAAAGAAAACACCAAUUGGUAGAUGGUAGAUACAAAAAUACUCUGAUCUUGCAGAUUAUUUGGGUUUAGGAAAGUAUUUAUGAAUCAUAAAAAAACAGGUUUAGAGGAACUUUACGCACGAAAGAAAGAAAAUGUUGAUUUAAUUCAUUCUGAAAAUUGCCACAUUCAGUUCUUCAACACAUGAUAAUGUUGGAAGAUUAGUGUACAUAGAAUUAUAGUAGGGAGAAUAGUGUACAACAGUGUUCUAUCCUCUCGUCUAUUGCCUGCACUAACCAUGGAACUGUGUGAUGACACGGCCAAGUACUGCGCCAUGCAUGGGGUUCAAACUAUUACAGCUUGGUCUGCGCUCCACUCCGUAAUGAUUGAAUUAUGUCUAUUUAUAUUAUCAACUGUUACUAAGGAAACAAAUGAAGGUAAACACAGCAAUGUAAGUAAAUGGAAUGAUAAUGAAGGUUAUACCAACUAAAGGGAACUGAAUGUAAAUUGUUAGUUGAAUAUGUGUUGCUAUUAGGCCUACAGUACUGACGGUCAAUACUGAUAGUGGCUAAUAUUUCACAUGAUAGAAAUAGGAAACAGAGAAAGUCACAAUAUUCAAGACAUUCGAGAGUGCCCAUCCAUGCAAGUUAAAAAAGACUGUACAAUUUAAAUUCUGCAUAAUGGCACAGUACUUCAUAACCUUUACUCUGGGAAAGUUGAUAUGUUCAUAUGCUUCAGUUUGCUGCCAUAUGACUGGUUUCACGUCUCCAGCGAUUAUAAGGUAAAAUAGACCUUAUUUACAAUUCCCUUAUCAAAAACGGAUUACUCAUUUACCUAGCUGUUAUCAAUAGCUCUUAUCACGUUGUAAAUUACAGUGCAUGGUGAAUGCUGUUAUUUCUAUCAGAAAAAAAUUAAAUAGAUGCUUUUUCCUCUUGGAAUUGGAAGGUUCGCUCGACCUUAUUCAUGGUUUCCUCAUGCUUAAAGGUGGUGGAAUUAUGAAGGAAUUAAAUCAAGAUCAGUAUAUGGCAUAUCUGUAGACACACCUCUGCCACGCCUUCAUUUCUUAGAUCUCCACCCCCAACCAAUUGCAGGUGAAUAGCAUUAACCACUUUUGAAGAGUGAGUACUAACAAACAGGAAAUGCAUGAUAUCUUCUGAUGUCUCUGAUUGAAUCAAUUAAUGUGUAAUGACAAAACAUAUCACCAUGAUUAAUACGUGUCAAAUCACUUUGCAACAUCACUACUUACUCUAUUUACCAUGAAUUCAUGCUACAUGGAAAAUAUAAUGGAAGGUGCAUUAUAGCUAGGUAUAUAUAUAUAUAUAUAUAUAUAUAAUAGCUAGGUGCAGAUAUAGUACAAAUAUAAGUAACAUAUAAGUAACAUCAGAUUAUGUGAAAAGCAUGUGCAUCUACUGAACGGUUUUCUAUUGACUGUUAUAAUUUAUUUAUUUUAUUUAUUUAUUUAUAAAAUCAUUUUAUUCAUGCAAUAGGGCGAAGACGAGUAGGCGGCCAGUACGUUGCAAUAAACUUUAGUGAACUAUUAACAUAAUAUAUUCUGUUAAUAGUUCACUAAAGUUUAUUGCAAUUUACUGGCUGCCUACUCAUCUUCUUUCUUGAAUUACCUGCCAUUAGGGGCCUGCCCUCAUCUCAUUCAUGCAAUAGGAAAAUAACUGUUCACAUCAAAUAGAGUUUGAUAUGGACAUUCUAUGAAAUGCUAGUUAAUAUAUUUUCAAAGCAAUAUAAACUGUAAUCUGCAUGCCAUAAUGGUAUCUUUACAGUAAAUUAUAUUUUAUAAAAUAAUGCUUAUUCUGUAUAAGUUUUAUAAUGAUUCACAGGUAAUAAGAGCUAUCAAUGUUUUUGUCACAAAUAACAUGUAUCUCUCUAUGUUGUUGAUCAUGAUUGAUACCAAUAUAUUUUCAUUAAUCUAGAAUGUAGCUAGGCUACACAGUUUUCUCUAAAUUAAUGUUAACUGAAUAGUACUGGAAGGUUAUGUUAAGCUCCUGUCAUAUAUGUGAAAAUAUGUAUGAAUAUGUACACUUUGUAUGUUGUGGCUGAACUACACGGGCAGUCAAUUGCCCAAACAUUUUUAUUCCCAAUUUGAAUGCCUAACAAUUGAGAAUCAGUUCAAAUCCAGGCUUGACUCCUCAUGUCUGUAUUUGCUAAACGUUCAAAAUUGUGCCUAGAGAAUAUGUCAACAUCCAAAUUCUGGCCAAAUCUCUGUGCACUUUGAUUCUACAUAACUUAUAGCUUGUCUUCAGACAUUUUAUGUUAUUCUCCUCUGUGCAUUUUAUGUAGCUUUACACUGUACGUAAUGUAAUGUAUCCAAGCAUCUACUGUAAUAGUGCACCCAUAUUAACUAAAAAACUUGCAAUAAAUACUCAAUUUAAACAUCCUCAUUUACACAGUUGACAUUUACAAAUUUUUCUGUGAUUGGCCUUUACUGCAUUUGUAUGGAGAAAAGUUACACUCUCUAUGUCAAAUAUAAAAUAACUAGGUUCAACAUUAUUCUUUAUAUAGUCUACCAUGUCUACACAUUUUAUGUGGGUUAUUAUUAGUAUUGUGUGGUGUGUAUGGUGUGUAUGGUGCACUAAAGUGUAGCCUAAAUCACCCUUAACACCAUGGAAGUGGAUAUAGUGUGAGAGCAAAAUAUUUGCCCUGAAAAUGUUUGCCACUUGUACGUAUCUGAAGUAAUAAAUGUCCUAUUAAAAAUGCUGCAUCUAAACUUUA